AUGGCUGGAGUAGAAUCCACUUGCACACUGCCUCUGGUGCCUUUGUCCCGGGCCCUCUGUGUUGAUAUGGCAGCCAUGACAGCAGCUGCCGCAGCCAUGGACUCCACACUGCCAACACCAAGCCCGGCGCCUGCCAGCAGGGACAAUAAAGUCAUCACAUCGAAGGUUUUGGGAACAGUAAAAUUGUUCAGUGUAAGGAACGGAUAUGGUUUCAUCAACAGGAAUGACACCAAGGAAGAUGUAUUUGUACACCAGACUGCCAUAAAGAAGAAUAACCCCAGGAAGUACCUUCGCAGUGUAGGAGAUGGAGAGACUGUGGAGUUUGAUGUUGGUGAAGGAGAAAAGGGUGCGGAGGCAGCAAAUGUUACAGGUCCUGGUGCAGCUCCAGUUCAAGGCAGUAAAUAUGCAGCAGAUCGUAACCAUUAUAGACGCUAUCCACGUCGUAGGGGUCCUCCACGCAAUUACCAGCAGAAUUACCAGAAUAGUGAGAGUGGGGAAAAGAAUGAGGGAUCGGAGAGUGCUCCCGAAAGCCAGGCCCAACAACGCUGGCCCUACCACAGACGAAGGUUCCCACCUUACUACAUGCGGAGACCCUGGACGCAGGGAGAAGAGAUGGAGGGUGCUGACAACCAGGGUGCAGGAGAACAAGGUAGACCAGUGAGACAGAAUAUGUAUCGGGGUUAUAGACCACGAUUCCACAGAGGCCCUCCUCGCCAAAGACAGCCUAGAGAGGAUGGUAAUGAAGAAGAUAAGGAAAAUCAAGGAGAUGAGACCCAAGGUCAGCAGCCACCUCAACGUCGGUACCGCUGCAAUUUCAAUUACCGACACAGACGCCCAGAGAACCCUAAACCACAAGACGGCAAAGAGACAAAAGCAGCCGAUCCACCAGCUGAGAAUUCCUUCGCUCCAGAGGCUGAGCAGGGCAGGGCUGGGUAAAUGCUGGCUUACCAUAUUUACCAUCAUCCGGUUUAGUCAUCCAACAAGAAGAAAUGAAUAUGAAAUUCCAGCAAUAAGAAAUGAACAAAAGAUUGGAGCUGAAGACUUUAAGUGCUUGCUUUUUGCCCGUUGACCAGAUAACUAGAACUAUCUGCAUUAUCUAUGCAGCAUGGGGUUUUUAUUAUUUUUAUCUAAAGAUUUCUCUUUUUGGUAAUGGCAAACGUGUUUUU